CCUUUGAAAAAACCUCCGAAAGCUAGCUAUAAAUAUCCAUCCAUAUGACACUCACCUGUACUCAGGGCAAACUAAAACCGAACAUGGCUGUUCCUGUUACUUCUACCAAUACGCUAGCUCCACCCGCUUCCUGUACCCUAUGUCAGUGGGUGGUUGUUUCUUCUGCAACAAGUGACGGUGAAGGAUCUCUUUCCGUUAGCAAAGUGGUUGCAAUUACGCUUUCGCUCUUUUUCGUGCUCAUCUUCGCAAUGAUCAUUGUCAAAAUCCGCAAAUGUUUCAGCAAUUCAAGCCAGACCAACAGUGGCGUUGAUGGUAGCAAUCCUAACACUAAUAUAUCCAGUGAAGUCGCUCUCGCCACCGUAGGAUUUUGAUUUUGUCAAUGGUUCCAAAUAAUAGGCAUGAAUCGUGGAAUUCCUGUCCUUAAUUGUGUACUGCUUUGCUUGGCUUGUUUUUAUUUGCUGUACUGUUUUGCUUCUGCUUGAGUAUUACUGUCAUAGCUCUUUAUAAAGGGCUUGGCUUGUUUUUGUUUGCAUUACUGUUUUGCUGUAAUGGCUACUUAUGAAGGGAUUUUCGUUUGCUCUUUUUUAUUCGUAAUC